AUGAGUGGAAGUGGUGUUGCAUUCUCCCACCCAUCCAUCUAUGAAAGUGUGGCAGUAGCAGUUGGAAACAAAGACCCUCUCUUUGCUGCACAAGAGUUUCCUAUUUCAGUCAUCAUGCAAAAGUGUAAGGUGCAUGUGCCACAGGAAGGAGAAACUGAGAUGUACAUCUUGUUCAGUGAAUCAUCCUCAGCCAUGGACGCACUUGUUCAGAGGCUGGCUGCAGAAAUACGUCAGGGGAAAUACUUUGCAAUACAACAUGAGCUUUGCUGGGAAAGGAAGUUCUGUGAAGAGAGAAGGAAUUAUGUCGGUAUCAAUCAGAGAGACAGUGCAGACAGUACCAUCCUGCAUGUGGCUGUUCAGUGCCGUAACUACACUGCAUGUAAGAUUCUGCUGGAGAGAGGUGCCAAUGUCAUUAUGUCUCUAACAAAAGAUACUUCUCUAACAAUCCUGCAUGAGCUUGUUGGCGCGGGAGAUGUUGAUAUCCUUGACCUCUGCUUACAACAUGGUGCUGAUGUCGAUUAUAGUACUGAUGAAGGUGUAACACUCCUUCACUGUUGCGUUGAGUGGUUGAGAGGUCCACGAUGCAUUGACAUGAUUGUCUUGCUGCUGGGAUACGGAGCCAAAAUCAAAAAGGCUGAUGGAAGCAUAAAGACCGCAAUUCGCCGUGCAGCCCCAUACUUCUUCGGUGACGUUGGUUACAUCAAGUCCAUUGCUUAUGGUAAGACUGCACUCCACUACGCUUGUCGGAAGCAUGGCGUAGAUGUGAAUGUUGUUCGCCUGUUGAUUGAUCGUGGAGCGGCCGUCAACCAGGUUGAUGGGAAUGACAGUUGGGAGACACUGGUGGACUAUCUGUGUGAAAAGAAUGGUAUAGGUAAAGAGGAACUGGAAGCUGCACGACGUCCUUUUGAGGGAAGACAUCAGGGUGCAGAAACUGAAGAGAUGGAGGCUAUCACACUGCUGUUAGAAAGGGGGGCGGACGUUGAGAAGACAAAUAAAUAUGGACAGGCACCCCUUCACCUGCUGUGUCAGAGAUGCCUUGUAGAUGUCAGAACAGUUCAUCUGUUGCUCAAGCAUGGCGCUGGUGUGAACGUAGCUGACAAAGUUGGAAACACUCCUGUGCACUACAUCUGUCAGCGGAAGGAAGCAGAUGUCAGUACGUUGUAUCUUCUGACAGGAAGAAGUGUCAAGACAACAUGUACACUGAAGAACAGACACGGGCGUACUGCCUUACAGUAUUUGUGUGAGAGACAGAGAAUCCGACUCGCCGAAACCUUUCAUCUCACGUGA